GUAUAUGUGUAUGGCACUUAAGUCCAAAUAGCUGUGCACGGGACUCUCUCUCUCUCUAACUCACAGGACAAACAAACACCACCGAAACUGUGAGCAAUAAACAUUCUCCCCACCCACAUCUCAGACAAACCAAGAAAACUAUACACAAAAAACUCCAAAUUGUAUUCACAUAACAACACUAUUUAUUUACUAGCUGAAGAAGAAGAAGAAGAAAAAUGCUCGAGUUUUGAGUUUUGUUAAAAGCAAUUUACUCAGUUCAUCUGCUUCUGGCAUUGAAGAUCUCCAGAAGCAACACUUCUUCAUUGGCCCAUGCUGUUACAAAUUAUAUAGAUCCAGUUUAGUUACUUUUUAUUGCUGAUUCAAUGUCUUGUAAAUGCUAAGUGAAUUGGCUUGAAACACAGGAUUCUGGGUGAUCUUAGUUAAGUGAUAAAGAUGUCGUCUUGGGAUCAUUUUGGUGAGAUUGCAAAUGUGGCCCAGCUCACAGGCCUUGAUGCAGUCAAACUAAUAGGAAUGAUUGUAAAAGCUGCAAGCACAGCAAGAAUGCACAAGAAAAACUGCAGGCAAUUUGCUCAGCAUUUGAAAUUGAUUGGAAACUUGUUAGAGCAACUUAAAAUCUCUGAGCUUAAGAAGUACUCCGAAACUAGAGAGCCUCUAGAACAGCUUGAGGAGGCUUUGAGAAGAUCUUACAUUUUGGUUAAUAGUUGUCAGGAUAGGAGUUACCUCUAUUUGCUUGCAAUGGGUUGGAAUAUUGUUUAUCAGUUUCGAAAAGCGCAGAAUGAGAUCGACCGGUAUUUGCGGCUAGUUCCUCUCAUUACUCUUGUGGACAAUGCUCGUGUCAGGGAGAGAUUGGAAGUUAUUGAGAUGGAUCAACAUGAGUACACAUUGGAUGAAGAGGAUAGAAAGGUGCAAGAUGUGAUCAUGAAGCCUGAACCCUUGAAUGAUCAGACCAUGGUGCUGAAAAAAACUCUCUCCUGUUCCUACCCAAACCUGGCUUUUAAUGAGGCCCUUAAAAAGGAAAAUGAGAAGCUUCAACUUGAACUGCAAAGGUCACAGGCUAAUCUGGAUGUGAACCAAUGCGGAGUUAUUCAACACUUGAUUGAAGUCACAGAAGCUGUUGUUGCAAAUUCUCUUCCUCAAAAGAGUUCACCGGUCAAAGCUUCCAAAAAACUGGAGUCCAAUUAUUCAGAUGUUAGUGAGAAAAGUAACUCAUUUGAUGACAGCUAUCCUAAGAAAAGUGAUUCUCGCACAACUUCAAGAAAGACAUCCUCAGUUUCAUCAGGAGAUGAUUUGCUCUCACGAAGAGGUUCAUAUCGGCAUGAAGAAUGGCAUACUGAUCUGCUUGGCUGUUGCUCUGAACCUUCAUUAUGCAUGAAGACAUUUUUCUAUCCUUGUGGCACGUUCGCGAAGAUUGCUACAGUGGCAACCAAUAGGCACAUGUCUUCAGCAGAAGCUUGUAAUGAAUUGAUGGCGUACUCGUUGAUACUGUCAUGUUGUUGCUAUACUUGCUGCAUCAGAAGGAAGCUUCGCAAAACAUUGAACAUCACGGGAGGCUUUGUUGAUGACUUUCUCUCUCAUUUGAUGUGCUGUUGCUGUGCCCUUGUCCAAGAAUUGCGAGAAGUUGAGAUUCGCGGGGUUUAUGGUCCUGAGAAGACAAAAACAAGCCCACCAACCUCACAGUUCAUGGAAUCCUAAGUGACGGGGUUCAUGCAUUAUUAAGUUGUUGGCUGGACAUCUAUAUUUGUUCAAAAGGCAAAAUACAGAGGUAAUGGCUUAUUACCAUGUUUAAUUACAGUUAAUGUUACUGUUUUUUCUUAAAUGUUAACCAUCUGUAAAGUAGAAUUUACAUCACUUCCAUAUGCAGCUCAUGAUGUAUUAUAAACUAAAAUUUCAUUAAUAUAGUGUUGUUUGAGUUAAA